GACCGCUGGGUGACGUCACGCCCUCCAUCCCGCCUACCUCCGCCGCCGCCUCUAUCGCCUCCUCGUCGUUAACUUCACUUUAAAUUCCACCCCCUCCCCAACACCGGCGGAGCCAUGAGGGACGUGACCGCCUUCCUCAAGCAGCAGCAGUGCAAGAGCGCCCCGGAGCUCGCGGCCGAGUGGCAGAGGCUGGAGGAGCUCUACAACAAGAAACUCUGGCAUCAACUCACACUGCAUAUUACCACGUUUGUGCAGCAUCCAAGUUUUUCUGAAGGCGAUGGCUUGCUCAAGAUGUAUGAAAACUUUCUGUGUGACUUUGAACACAGAGUAAACCCACUGUCCCUGGUGGAGAUCAUACUGCACAUCAUCAAGCAGAUCACUGAUCCAAACGAAGCUCUGCAGUUUUUGGAAAAGACAAAGGAAAAGGUGAAAGGCAAUGAUGAGGCUGUCAUCCUAUGCAAGACGUCCAUCGGGGUGCUCAAGAUGCAGCAGAACGAACUGCAGGACACCAAGAAACUGGUGGAGGAGGUGGGGGAGACCCUGGACAGCCUGCCCGGCGUGACGAGUGUGCACAGCCGCUUCUACGACCUGUCAAGCCGCUACUACCAGCUGAUGGGCGACCACGCCUCCUACUACAAGGACGCCCUGCGCUACCUGGGUUGCAUCGACAUCAAGGACAUUCUUGUGACAGAGCAGCAGGAGAGGGCAUUCACUCUCGGCCUGGCCGGGCUUCUCGGGGAGGGAGUGUACAAUUUCGGGGAAUUGCUCAUGCACCCGGUGCUCGAGUCGGUACGCAAGACGGACAAGCAGUGGCUCAUCGACACGCUGUACGCCUUCAACAGCGGCAACGUGGAGGAGUUCCAGGCACUGAAGCCCAAGUGGGGCACACAGCCUGACCUCGCUGCCAACGAGUCCAAGCUGCUGAAGAAGAUACAGCUGCUCUGCAUCAUGGAGAUGACGUUCACACGGCCGGCAAACAACCGGCAGCUCACGUUCCAGGAAAUCUCCACCAAGGCGAAGCUCCCGGUCAACGAGGUGGAGCUGCUGGUGAUGAAAGCCCUGUCGGCCGGCCUGGCCAAGGGCAGCAUUGACGAGGUGGACAAGAAGGUGCACAUGAACUGGGUGCAGCCGCGCGUGCUCAACCUGCAGCAGAUCGCGGGGAUGAAGGAGAGGCUGGACUCGUGGUGCGACAACGUGAAGAACAUGGCUGUACUGGUGGAGGACCGGGCCCACGACAUCCUCACCUGAGGCUUCCCCACCGCCCGCGUGAAACGCGACACGACCGUCGCCGCCCAACGGCCCGUCCCGGUCGACGCGCACGCACGCACGCACACACGCACACACGCACGCACGCACACACGCACACACCCGUGCGUUACCGAGGGGCGACGGGGGGAUCUGUGACCCGACGAAGCGACACGAGUAACCUGCACGAAGCUUUGAUAUUUUACUUACAUGGGUCAGCUUGAAGUGCGUAAUGUACGUUGUUCAAGCCACAACACACACGCGUCACAAAUUAGCUCUUCCCUACAAGCACUGGGAGCCGGGUCUGGUAAGAAGAUUCCCCCUAUAUUCCUAAUCUUUUCUUGAAUCUUGAUGCAUUUAGCAGAUGUAUCCACUAUCGGCAAACACGUCAAAUUCAUCUGCAGCUAUAACAUUUGGUGUUUCUCAAAAUAACGCGCUACAGACCAUUCACUUUAUGCAGCAAGACCUACUGUUGUAACCCCACAAGUGUUUCCAUCGCCCCUCACAAGAGUACGUGAAUGUGCUGCGUAAUCCCCAGCUGCACCAGAUGGUCUAACUCAAUUGCCAAACGUGUAGGAGAACUCGUGACCCCCUAUUGAAGUUUACCGGCCGAACACAUUUUUUCAACGUCAGUCCCUUCGAGAAAGUGUGGUAAGGAGUUGUAUGUUCGCGUGCGAUGACACAAGGAUUGCCACUGUGCAAAUUGCGUUUUUGGCUUGUUUUUCAACCGAUGGAUACCGAGUAAACGUUAUUUCAUACGGUU